AUGGUUGAUACACAAUUACCUAAAAAUUUCACUGAAAAGAAUAAUGUGAUUCUUGGAUUGGAUGAGCAUGGCCUAUUUCACAUAAAAAUUAACAGACCCGAGAAGAUGAAUGCAUUAUACAAGGGAAUGUACGAUGUUAUUAGAGAAGGAGUAGAUAUAGCAGCCAAAGAUGAAAACGUCAGAGUCUUAAUUAUAUAUGGUUCUAAUGGAGUUUUCUGCGCUGGAAAUGAUCUUCAAAGCUUUAUUUAGCAAGAGCCAGCACCUAUUGAAUAUGCAUCUCAACUAAUAAUGAAAUUCGUAGAGUUUCCAAAACCCUUAGUCUUCUUUGUGUAAAAAGCGUGCGUUGGUAUUAUUUCAGCACUAGCUUCCCACGCUGACUUCAUCUACUGCUCCGAUGACGCAUUCUUUUUGUUGCCUUUCAUGCAGACUAAUCUUUGUCCUGAGGGACUUAGUUCAAUAAAAUAUCCAGAGUUGGUUGGUAGAAGAAAAGCUAGUGAAAUGAUAUUCUGUGAUCAUUAACUUAAAGCUAAAGAAGCACUGUAAUACGGUUUCAUUAAUGCCAUCAUUCCUAAAGAUCAAAUACCUAAAACUGAACCAUUACUAACUGAAAUUGAAAAGAUUCCUAAUUUAAAGAAACUACUGUCUUAAGAUCCCAAGACUGUUCAAAAUGCAAAGAAACUUUUGAUAGAGGGUUAAAACCUCCCAUUUAUGAGAGAGCACAAUAUGAGAGAGUAGACAAUAUUUUAUGACUGUCAACUUGAUCCUAAAUUUAAGGAAACAAUGAAGAAAUAUGCUGCUGCAUCUCUUAGUAGCUAGAAACAGAAAGAGAGACCUAAACUUUGA